AUGCCACAAUGGUUACCACUUCAGAAAGAUGAAGUUCUACCACUGUUUGUUCAGAGGCCUAAGCCAACUAGUUGUGUGACGACUCUCGUCCGCAAAUGGAGAGGGUUACAUCGUUUUCAGCGUACCGUAGUUAUAGGUCUAGCUGUGUUUUUGUUGAUUUUUUGUUUUUACGCACAAGUUUACUCGUUAUCAGGACAAGUUGAGGAUGUUUAUCAAAAACAGGUAUGUAAACACUCAUUUUUAAUUUAAAUCAUGAAAAACUUUGCUCGAAACUUGUAAAAAAAAUUUUUUUAUACACGCUAACUUGUCUUAUAGGUCUUUACUACAAAGCGAUACAAGACUGUUGAUGAACAAAACAAACAACCUCAAAUCAGUAAUAAAGGUGGUGUAAUCACCUUCCCUGAACCCAACCAAAGGCAGCAAGCAGUAAGGGCAGCUUUUCAACAUGCAUGGCAGGGUUACAAGAAGUAUGCUUGGGGCUACGACCAUUUGAAGCCUAUAUCUAAAGGCUACUCAGAAUGGAUGCAAUGUGGAUUGACAAUAGUAGACUCGCUAGACACUAUGUUGAUGAUGAAUUUAGAUCAAGGUAGGUAAAAUGAUUUUUUGCUUCAUUUUUAGAAACAUUAGUAUGUAUAUGAAUAGGUUAUAGUAUCUAUAAUUAUUUGACUUAUGAUGCCAAUUUUAGAAUUUGGAGAGGCGAAGGAUUGGGUGAUAAACAAGUUAACAUUUGAAAAAGACAACUAUGUUAACUUGUUCGAAACUACAAUUCGAAUAUUAGGAGGAUUGUUGACGACAUACCACAUUACCAAAGAAGAGGUGUUUAAGACGAAGGCAGAAGACAUUGGAAUCCGAUUAAUGGGAGCAUUAGAGAACACGGAUAUUCCAUAUAGUGACGUCAAUUUAAAGACCAGGUAUGCUCAUAAUUUAACGUUGUACUUAUUCUUUUAGGAAAGCGAAGCAACCAGCAUGGGGUGGCGAAAGUUCGUUGUCAGAAGUAACCUCAAUACAACUGGAAUUCAGAGAUCUGAGUAGAUUAACAGGAAAUACAACAUACGAGGUUCGGUCUUUUGAUAUCGAAUGACAUUAUAGUAAAGUAUCGCACAGUAACUGCUAAUUUUUUAGGAAAAGGCCUUCAAGGUGUCAGAACACAUCCACAAUAUUGGUUGUAAGAAACACGAUGGGUUAUGCGGAAUGUUUCUGAAUCCAUCAACUGGUACCUUCAGAGACAGUACCACUAUAACAUUAGGCGCGAGAGCUGACAGUUACUACGAAUACUUGUUGAAACAGUGGCUACAAACUGGGAAGGCGGUCGACUGGUUGAAGAAGGACUACGUGGAAUCUAUAGACGCCAUGAAGAAGCAUUUGUGGCGCGCUUCAGAACCAAAACAGUUCUGGUUUGUGGGCGAACUUUUGUCUGGCAACUCUUACUCUCCCAAAAUGGUAAGCUUUCUAUGUUAUUGUAACCUGGAUUAUACAGUUUACCACACCUUUGCCGAAAUAUGAUUUAUUUCAUUUUUAGGACCAUUUGGUAUGUUUCCUAGCAGGAACGUUGGCACUGGGUGCUCAGAACGGUCUUCCCGAGUGGCACAUGGAUAUGGCCAAGAACUUGUCACGUACAUGUUACGAAAUGUAUAAAACGCCAACGGGCUUAGCUCCAGAAAUUGUGUAUUUCAACCAGCUGCCUGGCACAAACAAGGAUGACAUAAUAAUAAAGGUACAGUCAUCUUGGGUUAGUGAAAUCUCGGGGAAUGCGUUUUCGGGGAGUACAUUUUAGGGGAGGAAGUUUCGGGGAAUGGUAUUUUCGGGGAAUGUAAUUUCGGGGAAUAUGUUUUCGGGAAAUAAUAUUUUCGGGGAAAAAUUUUUAAAAAAUUUAUUUUUAUGUAAAGUCCUAAAAAGUUGUGAAUGACGUAUAAUUGGUGGAAGACUGAAUCACCACCUGACUAAAUCACAUAUUUCUUUUUACCCAGACUGAAUCACAGACUGACCGAAUCACAUGUGCCUUUAAUUAUCGUGACCGUUGACAUCGUACCGUGAACGUUCCUAUGACACUUCUUUGUAUACUUUUAAUUUAAGGUCACAUGAUAAGUAUUAAUAGAAUACCGUGAACGUUAUUGUACUGCGCCGUGAACGUUAUAAUGUUACUGUUUUUGUAAUGGUUUUGUAAAAAUAUCAUAGAGUAAAUGUAAGUAUCGUUAUCAUCGUACUUCGAAAACAUAAAAAUUAGAACGUUCACGUCACGGUACGAUAACCUUCACGGUACUCUAUUUAUCAUGUGACCUUACAUUAAACCUAUACAAAAAAGUGUCAUAGGAACGUUCACGGUACGAUGUCAACGUUCACGAUAAUUAAAGACACAUGUGAUUCGGUCAGUAUGUGAUUCAGUCAAGGUAAUAAGGAAUAUGUGAUUUAGUCUUCCACCAAUUGAACUAAAUUAUUUGGUUUAAAUAUUACUUAUACAUUAUGUAUUAAUGAUAUAGUUAAUAUAAUCAAAUUGUUUUUAGUCAUUCACAACUUUUUAGGACUUUACAUAAAAAUAAAUUUUUUAAAAAUUUUUCCCCGAAAAGUCCACUCCCCGAAAAUAUUAUUCCCCGAAAACAUAUUCCCCGAACUUACAUUCCCCGAAAAUACUAUUCCCCGAAACUUCCUCCCCGAAAACGCAUUCCCCGAGAUUUCCCUUUCCCAGUCAUCUUCAGUUACUCUUAACAAAUGUUUUAGCCGUUAGAUGCACAUUCUUUGUUGCGACCAGAAGCCUUCGAAGCCUGGUUCUACAUGUAUCGUAUCACUGGUGACAAAAUGUAUCAGGAGUGGGGCUGGGAAGCCUUUUUAGCGAUAGAGAAAUAUGCACGGGUAGAAAAUGGGUAUUCUUCAGUCAAUAACUGCAAAAAAAUUCCGGUAACAUAUAGGUGAGUGUCUUAAUUAGUGACUGUACCCAAAUAUAUACUUUUACGUACGCUAUUACUUUUCCCAGAAAUUGCGUCUUGACAUCUACGAGAAAGUACUUUUUUCUAUUUUAGUCUAAAGAUAUUGAGAAAGUAACUUAUAAUAACUAUUGUAUGUUUCAGAGACAUGAUGGAGUCGUUCUUUCUUUCCGAGAGCCUUAAAUAUUUAUAUCUUCUAUUUUCCGACGACCAAACGGCGUUCCCUUUGAACGAGUACGUUUUCAACACGGAGGGUCAUCCACUGCCGGUGUUUAAUUAUUAA